AUGGAUUGUUUUCUCUCUCUUCUUGGUUGGCAAGGUCAAAAGUGCAAAGAAAAAUUCAAACAUAGACACACACAUACAUAUAGGAUGCCUCUAUCAAGACCGUCUCUCAAACAAGUCACCUCUUUGUUGAACAAGCUGUAUCCCCUCAAGUAUGCAGACAAUUCCUGGGAUAAUACGGGACUCUUGAUCGAUGCCUCUGUUGCUACCUCAAAUGAGAAACCAAGGCUUUUAUUAGCUAUAGACCUCACUGAAGCUGUUGCACAGGAAGCUAUUGAUCAAAAAUGUAAUGUCAUUGUUGCGUACCACCCUUUUCUAUUUCGUAAGUUCAACAGGAUCAGUCCUGAAACCAACCCACAACAACGCACUCUUGUCAAACUGCUACAACAUGAGAUCAGCGUCUAUUCGCCACACACUGCAGUUGACGCAGCUGCUGGUGGUGUCAAUGAUUGGCUCGUAGAAGGAGUUUCCAAGGGCUCAGAGUUUACUAGCGAAGUCAUCAUCAGAGAUGAAUCUAACGUUGAAGGCGUUGGAAUGGGAAGACUGGUUACACUCAAGAGUCCUGUAUCUAUUCUCGAAAUAGUGUCACGGAUUAAAGUCUCGUUGGAUCUAGACCACGUUCAAUUAGGGACUAGGAACAUCAACCAAAUGGUUUCAACGAUUGCCAUUUGUGCCGGUAGUGGAAGUAGUGUAUUCUCGGGUGUAGAUGCAGACUGUUACUACACUGGCGAACUAUCACACCACGAACAACUGGCAUACGUAGAGCAAGACAAGAGUCUCGUUAUUUGUGGUCAUUCCAAUACUGAACGUGGUUUCCUUUCUGUCAUGGCUGCAAAAAUUGCAGAAAAUGUUCAUGAGCUAGAAACUGGUGCAGACUCUAUCCUUGUCUCCAAAACCGACUGUUCCCCUUUCCAAACAGUCUAG